AUGUAUUAUGUGAUGAUCAAACGCAGACACAUGCACACAGUCAGAGACACACAGGCACACUGUCAGAGACGCACACAGUCAGAGACACACAGGUUCCAGUCACAGACACACAGUCAGAGACACACAGGAACACAGUCAGAGGCACUUUGGCACACUGUCAGAGACACACGGGCACACAGUCAGAGACACACAAGCACACAGUCAGAGACACACAUGCACACAGUCAGAAACACACAGGCACACAGUAAAAGACACACUGGCACACAGUCAGAGACACACAAGCACACUGUCAGAGGCACAGUCAAUGGCACACAGUCAGAGACACACAAGCACACUGUCAGAGGCACAGUCAAUCGCACACAGUCAGAGACACACAAGCACACUGUCAGAGGCACAGUCAAUGGCACACGGUCAGAGACACACAAGCACACUGUCAGAGACAUACAGGCACACAGUCAGAGACACACAGGCACACAGUCAAAGACAAACUGGCACAAAGUCAGAGACACACAAGCACACUGUCAGAGACGCACACAGUCAGAGACACACAUGUUCCAGUCACAGACACACAGUCAGAGACACACAGGAACACAGUCAGAGGCACUUUGGCACACUGUCAGAGACACACGGGCACACAGUCAGAGACACACAAGCACACAGUCAGAGACACACAAGCACACUGUCAGAGACACACAUGCACACAGUCAGAAACACACCGUCACACUGUCUGACAUACAGUCAGAGACACACAGGCACACAGUCAAAGACACACUGGCACACAGUCAGAGACACACAAGCACACUGUCAGAGGCACAGUCAAUGGCACACAGUCAGAGACACACAAGCACACUGUCAGAGGCACAGUCAAUGGCACACAUCAGAGACACACAGGCACACAGUCAAAGACACACUGGCACACAGUCAGAGACACACAAGCACACUGUAAGAGGCACAGUCAAUGGCACACAGUCAGAGACACACAAGCACACUGUCAGAGACACAGUCAAUGGCACACAGUCAGAGACACACAAGCACACUGUCAGAGACACAGUCAAUGGCACACAGUCAGAGACAGAGAGGCACACAGAUGCAAAGACAUACGGACAAAGAAACAUUGCAACAGACAAACUAACACAGACAUAG